AAAAUAGCAAUUAAAUAUUAAAUGUCAAAUUUUAUUAAAACAAUUACGUACAAAGAUAAUGUUGAUUUGUGGAAGAAUAAGAAAUAUCUUAUAAAAGAGGCAUUUAAAUCAAUGGAUACAGAUUCAGAUGGUUAUUUAGAUUAUCAAGAAGCUAAAACGGCAAUGAAAGCUUUAGGAUUGACAGUAAAUAAGUCUUUUGUUUUGUCAGUUAUUCGCAUGUAUGAUAAACGUGGUGACGAUAAAAUUAGUUUCGAUGAUUUUUAUUAUGUUGUAUUUGAAAAGUUAAAAAUACAAGAUCCUAUUGAUCAUGUUAAAUAUGCAUUCAAGAUAUUUACUGCAGAAUCUUCGAUUGAAAAAAUCAGAUUGGAAGAUUUACAAAGAAUUAAUAGUAAAAUUGAUUCUAAUCUGACGCUUGAUGAGAUGAAACUUAUGAUCAAAGAAUUUGAUAAAAAUGAGGAUGAUUCUAUCGAUGAAGCUGAAUUCAUAGAAAUGAUGACCGAAUCAGAAAAUUAA